AUGCUUAAUGACUUAUUUGAGACAUCGAUACAGAGUUUUACGCUAACCUCACACGCGAUCAAUACGUCGGCCGCCGCCUCACUAUUGGCGGGCGCGGCCACCGAUGAUCAGUCUGAAGACGAGCUGAUCCCACCGACCAGUUUGUUGGAGUUCCCACUGUUGGCCUACUAUUGCAACGACAUUUUGGCCGCCAUGAAUGAGAUCCGUCGGACCACACCGUUGGCCACAAUCGGGCCGUUGACCAACGCGUUGAACGACUCGUUCCAACGCGUCUCCAACGCUAUCACCAAAUACUUUAGGUAUUGA